UCUUGUUCACCAAAUCUUUAGAUCGUCUUUUGUUUCAAAGCAAGGAAGAAGUCAAAGACAAAUACACACACAACAAUGGCAUCGUCAUCAUCCUCUUCCCUCCUCCUCCUCCUCGCGAUCAUCGUCUCUUCCCUUUCAACCAUCGCCGCUCGUCCUUGCAAAACCUUCCUCAUCUCCUCCUAUUCCCUCUCAAUAACCCCAGAAAACCCUAACCUCGAAUCCCAAUCCCAUCUCCCCUCCCCUCAAUUCGUCACCGUCUUCACGAUCCGCCGUCUUUAUCCCCACCCUAUCUUCGUCAACCGCCGUCACGGAUUCCUCCCUUCCGCCGCCGAGAAGCCUCAGAUCCAAGAGGAUCGCCCUCAAUUACCCUUCUCCGAUAACAUCAGGGACAUCCUCAGCGUCGUGGUGGGUCUCUUAUUCGGCGUCGGAUGCGGUGCCCUAACCGCAGCUACCAUGUACCUCGUUUGGGCUCUCGUCGUGAACCGUCACGGAUACGAUUUCGAUUUCGAGGAAGAUGAUUACGAGAACGAGGAAUCUGAUGCGGCUAGCUUGAAGAAGUUGGGGUACGUCAAGAUCCCGGAUCCAGCUCCUGUGAAGGAAGCUGCUUAAUUUUCUAUAGGUUGUUGUUAUCUUAUUACCCAAACAGUAAAAAAAAAAAUGGAUCCUUUUGUGAAUUCAGUUUCUGCAUAUUAUCGUCAAUCUAUGUUGCCUGUUAGUAAAAUCGAGUCUUGUAUGGAUUUAUCUAAAGCUAAUAUACUCAACUAUCAGUGCUUUACGA